UUAUCCUCCUGCUGCUAAAAAAUUUUAAUGUUCUAGUAGAUAGCAGUAGACUAAAAUUAUGCCACCUCCACGAGCUAGACUUCACAAGAGCACCGGUAAGCUAAGUAGCAUCCCGAAGAGACCUAGUAGCCAAGGAAGUAACACUAGCAAUGGUGCUUCCACCGCAAACUCACCGGUUGGACCCGGAACAGAAACUGAUGGCCAAUUUGAGCUAGAGCUGUACUGGUGCAUUCAACAGCUUGAAAAUUCGCUUAGCGCUCCCCAUGUUCGAGAAAACAAUAAAAAAGUGGAGGACACAACUAAACUGAUUAAUACGCUUAAAUCUGCCAAUCAACCGUUGAUUAAGAAGCGGCAGAUUAUGCGAACCACUUUUGGUGACUAUCGCAGUAAAAUGGCCGAGGAAGAGAAAACGAUGGCACUGAAUCCGGAAAGUGUAGGAUUUGACGAACCAAGGAAAAAAAUUCGACAUCAUUUUGUUAGAAAAGCUGCAGUUCUCACUGGCGAUAAGGAUUUCCGGUUCAAUUUUUCAAAUAUUCAGCUGGAUGACGAGCCAAAUAAAAAGGAUACAACUGUAGUUCAAUCUGAUAGCAAGAGUAAUAAAGGCCAAGAACGGAUAGUCAGGCCACUCGAAACUACGGAUAAUUCCUUUAGAUUUAACUUUUCUAUCGAUGGUUAAUUUAUACAUAAUAUAUAUUUUUGAA